UUGUGCUUGCGCAAAGAAUAACUCGGAUCGGCAUGGAGGAUGGAACUGGACAACAUGCAACUGGACCCGCGACUCUCCAGAGUCGAGGGUGUAGGAGACGUGUUCGACUGGUCCAACAACAAUCCGGCACUGAAAGACCCAGAGGACGAGUUGGGAUACAACCCGCAGAUCAACAACAGCGGCUAUGACGAGCAACUCAGAGACGACCGGCGGCGGAAUAGGGCCAAGCUUCGGAACCGCUUUGAGCACAUCUUCGACAAGUAUGGCAGAGACUUUGACGGUGUUGCAGACGAGAUUGAUCUCAGCACCGGAGAUAUCGUCGUGGACAAUGGCCAUCUGAAGAACAUGCGGCAUGAGGCUGAUGUGGGCGAACGAAUCCAAUCGGAAGCACAAGGGGCAGAGGAACAGGCUCCUGCUGGCAAUGGGGAACCAGAAGACGCGGUGCAGAAUGCGCAGCAUACAAUUGUUGAAGAGUCGGGCCGGGAAUACGAUGCAGACUCUGACGACGCAGAAAGCUCGUUCGAGGAAGCAGAAAGUGGUGCUUUCAGCAGUGCACACUCUCCUGCUGAGUCGGUGACAUCACUGUUCGAGCCGGAUGAGUCUGAAGCAGAGAACAACUUGGGCAUCGCUUCUGCGAAACGCCGUAGCAUAUCAGCUGCGCUCCCACUUCCGGGCGUGCUGCCCCACCCUGAUGAUUCCGACACGACUUCAGACGAUGACAUGUCAGAAGCCGGUCCCAACGACAUUCUGGAGCAAGUGCCAGGCCUCAAGGAGUCAAUGCUGUCUUUGCAGUCAAGAUACGAGGCGGGCGGUGCAGUGAGUCAGGAUGACAUCCAGGCUCUCGGCAUGAGCAUUGCAAAACAACUCGCAAGCUUCGUUUCUACCGGCAUUCCUCGCGCUUCCAAGUUGAAACGCAAACCCCACAAAGCAACACCGCACGAUUGGACCUACCCCGCGGCAUCCAACGAGCCUCCAGCUAAGCGCCAACGACAGACUUUGAGUCCGUAUCCCGACCUGGCUGAUCCCUCGCCAAAGCAAAAGUCCAUCUGGGCACUGGGAGGACAUCCACGGAAGCAGAUACGCAAACGCAAGGCUGAAUAUGAAGCGGAGAAGGCGUGCGCGGGAACACCAAUCGACACUCCUCCGGUCAUUGAGGAUGACUCGUCUAUGCCACUGCCGGUACUGGAGAUCGAUGCGCAGACUGGAGAUGGCGAGAAGCGGAAGUGCACGCAUUGUGCAACGUCUGAUACUCGGCUAUGGCGCAAAGGACCUCAUGGUCAUCUCUGCAAUGGCUGCGGCAUGUAUCUAUACCGAUACGGUCUUUUGCGACCACUCGAUGCGACGGGAGAUGACGACACUAGCAGACCUCCGGAUGAGACCGAUGGUGAAAUGGAUCCCUUACUCCGCGACUGGCUAGAUCACCAUGAUUCGACAAGCAAGAAAGACGACCCUAAGCCGCUCGGUGUCUCCAAUACUAAGUUCCAGCUUGAGGAAGACGCCUUGCUCAUCCGCCUCAAAGAGAUUGAACAAUUGUCCUGGGAGGGGAUGGCGCAGUACUUUCAAGGGCGCUCCGCAUACGCACUCCAAUGUCGACACUCGAAGAAGUUGCAACGUCAAGCUCCAGAGGCAAGAGCAUUACUUGUCAGCCAAGGCUAUCGAGGCAAGCCAGAUGCGGCGGGAGUCAUCGUGUUCUCGUAUACUACGGCACCUUUCAAUGAUCUGGAAGAUGAGCUCCUUCUACAGCUACGAGAUGAGCAAGGCUUGGCUUGGGAGGAAGUCGCCCGCUCGAUGGAGGGACGGUCUCCAUACAUGCUGGAACGACGUUACCGCGAGCUUGCAAUGCAAAUCAUCAGCGGCAUGUCCACAACACCGAAGUUGCCAAACCGGCGAGCUGCUCUUCGCCCAGUUCCCAACCCAAAGAACCCCACUUACACGGAGGAGGAAGAUGCUCUCAUUGUGAAAUACCGCGAAGCCGACAAGCUCCAGUGGAAAGAGAUUGCAAAGGUGAUGCAGGGAAGGAAUUCCUUAUCUUUGCAGAAACGUUAUAUCCGUGAGCUGUGUGGGCGCCAUCCCGAUAGCAUCAUGCCUGCGAGGAAAGCAUACAACCACGAGGUCGACGGCAUGAAGUACGGAAAUAUAUCGAAGUAUGGACGCACGUUUUCCGCGCCACCCGGCGCUACCAACGGGAUUGAUGGGAUGUUAAUCAGAGAGAAGCCCUUCCAAGAUUGGGGCUUUGCUGAUGGCACUGGAACGAUUGUCCAUAGUGUGGAAAAUCCGGAGCCAGAGGCGAUGCGAUUCGACUCACUCUCCCGACCAACUCGAAUGCCUGCGUAUGAUCCGACGAUGCGGCAUAGCAUGCCUGUGUUGCCGGAGCGGAGCGCGUGGCUGGAGGAACCAACACCAUCAAAGUCCUUUACGGCAGAAGAGGACGAGCUCAUCGUCAAGCUUCGGGAGACAGAGGACCGCGCGUGGCCAUUCAUCGCAGAGCAGAUGGUCUACUACACCAUCCCAGAGAUCACUGAGCGUUACUACUACCACUUGUUACCUCAAAGAGCCCGAAGGAUUCAGGCUGCGAUUCAGGGUUUUGGAGAUGUUGGUUUCAUUGAACCACUGGCCACCGCGUGGAUGCGACGAAAGGUGCCAGAAGUCUCGCAGAACAAGAAGUGGACCACGCAUGAAACGGACCUGCUCGUUAUGCUGCGUGAUCGUGGACAAACGUGGCGAGAGAUCGCUGCGCAACUGCCCGGUCGCACAGCCCGGAGAGUGGAAGUGCAUUAUGUCACGUUGUUUGGAAAAGGAAAGAGUGCCGCCCAAGCAGCAAGUAAGAUGCCUACGCCCGGGCAGUCGGCCUCAUCCAGUACAGGACCGCUUCUUUCCCUUCCUGGUCAGAUGGUUGGACAGUCGACGAAGAGCGGCCGGACUUACAAGCUACUGCUGCCGAAGCCUGAUCCUCGACACGGAGCUGCAAAUGAAGGGGUUGCGUUCAGCUCGCCUUCUCUGGCACCGCCAGUUCAACUCGCCACCGCUAUACAGAAUACUCGCGUACUAGCGACGCCACUUCAACUGCCACCACACCACACGGCCGGCUCACUUGCGCUGCCGUCCCUCGGUCCUGGCCAUCUUGCAACCCUCUCACAAAAGUUUGCCCCUUUGCUGCCGCCUGUUGCGCCUGACGGAGCUAUUGCGCCGUACAUGGAUGAUCUUGCAGACCCUCCGGUGCCACGAUAUGAUGCUCCUCGACAAUUUGGAAAGGACGAGAUCUUCACUUGCGAGAGCUCGAGACGUCUCGCAGAUGAUGAUGCCGGACCAAAAAGCCCUGUACAGCUCGCUGAUGCUACUGGCAACAUUGACAUCGAGACGGCUGGGUCUGAAAACUCCGGCCUUCAUGUUCAAAACGACGCCUCGUUCGCCUUCUUACCCGAUUUGCAUGAAACGCCGAUGCGAGUGGAACACACUGUGCUGUCUGCUGCAACCACUCCGGCGAUCACUGGGGCCUAUGAUACACCUGCGAGGUAUAAUUCCACUGGCUAUCCAUAUUUCGUCAAUCCAGUGGCGAUUCAACCCUUUGCAUCAGUGGGCGGCUCUGCCAAGGAGCCCGAGGAGGCAGCCACGGCCCGUGAGCACUCCGUGUAUGAAGUUGUCGACGAGGAAGUGGUGAAACCAAGCGGCAGAGCUUCCAAAUCGACGAGGAAAAGGCCAGCAAAGCCCCCCACGACAGCAAAAACGAAGCUGCGGGCACGGGAGCCUAAGGUACCGCGCUCCAAGCCAGGUGCAAGUGUGCGAGCUCGCAAGGCAUCAAGGCGACGAAGGGAGACGACCGUGGACGAAACGAGUGAGGACGAUGACGGUGCAACAAUAGUCUACGCCUCAACAUCGGACGACGAUGACGAUGAGUUGUCAAAGGACGAUGAGGAGUCGGUGUAUGACUUCGUGGAUCACGACGAAUACAAAGACAACGAAACUCGCGCUGGCUCAAUUCACCGUGAUGAGAUGUCAGGACCAGAUUGUGAGGCUGCAAACAAACAGCUGGAGUACGAAGCGACCUUGGUGUUUGAGCUUGUCCAGGACCCCAAAUCGACGGCGAAAGCUACCGCUGAAGAUGACACGAUGCCUCGAGAUUCUAUGGAUCUUGAGCCAAUCGAUCGCUCUGGCGAGCAAGUCCCUAUCGAAGGGGGUCAACAUCCACCGGAAACCGCCAAUCUCGCAACCAGCCCGUCAGAGAAGCCGCGCUACAACGCGGUGGAACUCGCGAAGAUUGCCCUCGAAUCCCGAGCCCCGGAGGCAAUGACAACGUCGGAGGUCUACGACUACCUUGCAGCCAGGUUUGGAUUCGAGCAGACGGCGGUGUGGAAGCACGGCAUUCGCGCUGCUCUCAGUCGCCACUCGCAAUUUGCCAAGGCGUCGGAGAAGCAGGGAAAGGGCUGGAUUCUGACCGAAUCGCGCGGUAAGAGGACGUCUCUUGGGACGAAGAUAGAACUACCGCCCCUCCUUCCCUCCGGCCCUAUCGUUGCAGAGGCCUCACCUGAGGGGAAGCCUCGUCGCCGCGGCCGAGCGUCGAAGUCGGAUGCCAAGAUCGCGGAGAACGUUACUGGCACAGAGAUGGCAGCUACAACCACGACCUCCCCACCCGAAGGAGCGCCUCGUCGCCGCGGCCGGCCUGCGAAGUCUCGUGUUAGGGUGGCAGAAGAGAUUACUGGGGAAGAGGCGGCUAGUGCGACCUCGGUGUCUGCCAAUGUCGAGCCUGAAGGAGAUGCUGAUAUUUUGAUGGUGGAUGUUCAGCAAGACGAACCGCCUCCACGCCGUGGUAAGCCGCGCAAGGCUCGUGCUAAGGUAGCGAAGAAGGCAGCGGGCAAAGAGGCGGCAUCCGCAACAGCGGUAUCUGCCAACGUCGACGCAGAGGGAGACGUCGACACAUCAAUGGAAGAUGCUGAGCAAGAGCAAUCAUUGGUGCCGACCAUUCAGAAGGCUGUCAGUGGCAAUGAGCAGGCCGAGCGCAGCCCAGACUCGAACCCCAGGGCCAUAAGACAGCUGGAGGGGAAUGACAAGGAUCCACUACAGGAUCAUACUGGAGCCCCCACUCGACCACUGCUAUCUAAUGGCAUCACAGCGCAGAGUCCUGAAGUAUCAGCCUCCAGCUCGCCGGCGUUCACCAAGCGACAAUCACCGCGCGUAGUCUACAGACAUGUCACCACCACGCCGGCUUCCGACAAUAGUGCGUUACUCAAACGCGUGCACAAGCGUCGAAGUGCUCCUUUCGCUACGCCUGCCCCUGCCGGAGAGAAGAUGGGGUCUCGUGCAAGCAGCGUCGCUCUUGAUGGUCGGAGGCGAGUGGUAUACACGCCUGCGAGGGAAGUGGGAGAUUCUGAAGAUGAGUUGGCAUGAAGAAGACGGGCAGCUUUAAAGCAUGGGCUUGUUGCAGAGUUUGAGGUUGGAAUCGAGAUGCGACGAUACUCUAAAGAACAUACAGCACAUGCGACACCGAUGUGUACAAGUCUAAUUGAG